CCACGGGGUGCUCCUGGCCUUUACCGACGUCCCAGUCUCCAGUACUGAGAUGGGUCUGAAGGGGGCUUGGUGUUUCCCAUGGUGUGGGUGCCGGAGACAGCGGGGGACUGAAGGAGGAACAGGCCUGGAAGCUGCUUCCACUCCAGAUCCUAGCCCAGCUGUAGCCCCCACUGUGACUGGAAGACUGCCCUCCCCAGGGGCUGGUGCCUACUUAAGCCGGAAAGCCCGACUCUCCUUCCGUCACCAACUGCAUGACGUGGCAUCAGCCAACGACUCUACCAUUUGAAAAGGACAACUAGGGGCUAAACCCCCAAGAAGUC